AUGCCUUCCUCUACUUUCACCUUCUCUGCCGCCCUGUGCCUCUUCCUGGCCGUUGGCCCCGCUACCGUUCUCUCCGCUCCUCAGCCGAACGGUCUCCCCCUUCUUGGCGGCUCUGAUGACACCCCCGCUACUGGCAACACCGAGAAAGAUGCUGGCGCCGGCUACGAUGUCGGCAUCCCCGGCGGACCUAACGUUGCCUUCGGAGCUGGUGUUCACAGCGAGACACACGGUCCCUGCGGCCCAGGAGUGAGCUCCGAGAAGGAUGCCGCUGCUGGCUACGACGUUGGCAUCCCCGGCGGCCCCAAUGCGGUCUACGGUGCUGGCGCCCACGAGCAGCACGACGCUUAUCCUUGCCCCGAGCCCGUAGUUGUGCCUGUCCCUGAGCCUACUACUGAGCCUAUCGUCGAGCCCACUCCAGAGCCUAUCGUCGAGCCCACUCCCGAGCCUGUUGUUGAGCCCACCCCCGAGCCUGUUGUUGUUCCCGUCCCUGAGCCUACUACUUCCACCUCCACCUAUGUCCCGGUGUACAUUCCCCCGACCUACACCACUCCCAUCGACAUUCCCACCAUCACUACUGUCCCAGCCUACACGCCUCCUCCCAUGGCUCCCGUUCGCUCUACUCCUCUUAUCCAGCGCCCUGCUCCUUCUGCCACACCCUCAUCCAUGCCAGUCUACAAUGCCGGCUCCACCAUGGCCCCGACAUCCCUCUUGGCCCUGGCUCUCCCCAUCAUUGCUGGUCUCUUCUACUAG